AUGGCAACCCAAGAUGUCGUACCAUCUUGUCCAAGUGCUCAACUUAAGACGCCGAAGGGUACUCGCGAUUGGGCUGGUAAAGACCUGCUCCGGCGUGACUAUGUCUUGUACAAAACUCUAGCUCUGCGUAUGUUGGACGGCUUGUUUACGGUUGUCGGUGUUCCUAAAGAAAAGAUACGCAGUAUUAGCUCUGCGGUAGACAAGCUCGAUAAAGCAACAUGGGACGAGGUAAAGAGAGAAAUGGUUGAGGAUAAAGGUCUUUCGGACGAGGUCGCGAACCGAAUUGGCGGAUAUGUCAGGCGCAGCGGCAGCAUGCGUGAAAUAAUCGACGUUCUCAAGGCUAACUUAGUGUAA